AUGCAGAUUACAGUUGGUCAGGAGAUUAUCAUAAUUGCUGAACCAGUAGAAGUAUUGCUACCAAUUAGAGAAUCAGCUGAACAACAACCUGCAAAAGAAAGCAAAGGGGCAGAAGGUAAGCAGCUACAUAUAGAAGAAGAUAGAGGUAUAGAGGACAGAGCACAAAAUAUUAAAAAAGCAGUUAGAGAUGCAGAUGUUUCACCAAAGGCUAUAGCAAAGAGUGGAAAGAAGGCCAAGCACACAGAGAUUCAACAGACCAAGAGGUCUGUUAAUACUCAACAAGCUUUUCAGAGACUAAUCAACAUGCAAAGACAAUGCAAAUGCUUCAUAAUUGCUUUAAUGGAACCAUUUCAGAAUUGUAGGCAUCUUCAAAAAUAUAAAAGAAGAUUGGGUAUGGAGGCUGCUUUAUCAAACACUAAUGGAAAGAUAUGGGUAUUUCUUGAUUCUGAGAUGCAAUGGGAGAUAGUGUUGGAUACAGAACAACAACUUACUCUGAAGUUACAACAUCAAGGCAUAGAGAAGGACUUCUUGGCUACCUUUGUCUAUGCUAAAUGUGAUGGAAAUGAGAGGCCGACUUUAUGGGAUAAUAUUUAUCAGAUAGCAGAUAGCAUGAACCUACCAUGGAUGGUUGGAGGGGAAUUUAAUGUUAUUUUAGCUGAUGAGGAAAAAUUGGGUGGAUUACCUGUCACAUUAGAUGAAUGUGAGGAUUUUGCCUUUUGCAUAAACUCUUGUGGUUUACUAGAUAUGGGAUUCAAAGGAAGCUUGUUUACUUGGUGGAAUGGAAGAUCAGCAGAAGACUGUAUUUUCAAAAGGCUGGACAGGAUCCUGGUUAACAAUUCUUUGCAGGAGAUGUUUCCCCAAAUUGAAAUUGAGCAUCUGAUUAGAACAGGAUCAGAUCAUGACCCACUACUUAUGUCUUGUGGAGAAGAAGUUAUCAAUGUUAUUAAACCUUUUAGAUUUUUGAAUUUCUGGGUUCAACAUGAAUCAUUCAAAGAUCUAGUUUCUCAACACUGGAGAACUGAAUUUGUGGGUACUCUAUAUUUGGUCUUCAAGGAAGAGGUGGUGAAGGUGAAAGAAGCAUUAUUUGAGGAAGAUCCAAGCAUUGUCAACAGAAUUGUUCUUCAGAAAGCACAAGCUGAAUUAAAGAAAUACUUACACUUUGAAGAACAAUAUUGGAGACAAAAGCAGGGGUUACAUGAAUCAAUUCACUGUGAUGGAGAUACUACUGACUUUGAGAUUGUGAAGCAUGUUGCUACUAUGGUAGAUCAUGAACAAAAUAUGGGCAUGUGUGCUUAUCCAAACAAGGAUGAAGUUAAAGAAACAGUUUUUGCAUUAAGUGGAGAAAGUGCUAGUAGUCUAGAUGGAUUUACUGGGAUUUUUAUCAGCAAUGUUGGGAUAUUGUUGGAAAUGAUAUUAAUUAGUUUGUCUAAUUUCGUUAACAAAGUGACUUCUAGGGUGCUUCAUGGGAGGUUGGAAAGGUUAAUGCCAAGGUUGAUUUCUCCUAAUCAAUCAGGGUUUGUGAAAGGAAGGAGCAUUUUUGAGAACAUUCUUCUUACUCAGGAGAUAGUCUUAGAUAUCAGACUUAGAGAAAAGCCUGCUAAUGUGGUUAUCAAGUUGGAUAUGGCCAAGGCUUAUGAUAGAGUCUCUUGGAAGAGGCUGGUUGAUAACAAUCGGUAUUCUAUUCUUUUGAAUGGGCGGGCUACAGGUUUCUUUAAAUCUUCUAGAGGUGUUAAACAGGGAGACCCUCUUUCUCCUGCACUAUUUUCGCUAUCAACAGAAGUGUUAUCUAGGGCUUUGAACUCUCUUUUUGAUGACAGUAGAUUCAUUGGCUAUGGGAUGCCAAAGUGGACCUAUCCUAUGAAUCAUCUUGAUAAUGCAGAUGACACUAUUAUAUUUGCUUCAGCUGAUGAUUACUCUCUGAUUUGCAUUAUGCAAGUGCUGAGUGCAUAUGAGCAGACAUCUGGGCAUCUUAUUAACAAGGGGAAAAGCUCUUAUUUUAUGCAUAGCAAGAUUGGGAAUGAAAUGUUACAGAGAGUAGGUGAUAUAAUGAGAUUUGCAAAGUGA